CGUAUUUAUAAUGCACCUUACAAAUUUUCAGGAAUAAGACAGCACCAUUGCAGGAAUUGUGGAAGAGCUGUGUGCGAUAAUUGCUCAGCAAACCGCAUCAACAUACCCAUAAUGGGAUUUGAAUUUGAUGUACGCUGUUGUGAUCCUUGCUAUAAGCAACUUCAAACCGUGGAACGUCCCACUUUGGCUUCUUUCCAUGAUGCUAAGCACUCGAUCGUGAACAUGGACCUAGAUGAAAGCCGAAAAUUGCUGUUGACGGUUGGACAAGAUCGCAUUAUUAAAAUUUGGGAUAUAUCUACAAUUUGGAAAUAAAAAAUAAAUCAAUAUUCCAUUGGUAUAUUUAAGAAUAAAUUAUAUUAUUUAAGUAUUGAGAACAACAUUCCUUAGAAUGUGUCACGGAUGGUUUACUUCAUAUUUCCCGGUUUAAUAAGUAAAAUUCGUCUAAUCCAUAUAGUUUGUUCAAGUAUUCUUCGAAAACCCUCGGAAAAAAAUCUGAUUUGUUUGUAAAACAGGCAACCUUGUGAUUUGAUUUCUCGUAAAUAUGCGAGACUUAUAGAUAUUUAAAUAAGUAGGAUGGCUGCCUGAUUCAAUAAUAAAAGAUUUGCUCAGAAAACAGUCUUCUCCCUCUCUCUCUCCCUCUCCCUCUGUCAAUAAAAAUAAUAACUGAUGUCCUGAGAAGUUAUUUGGCUACGUUCCAAAUGUACUUAAAAUUGUGUGUUUGUACUAAAUGUACUUUCAAACUAAAUAAAGAUACGAUUGUACCAACUUUUCCAUCACUGUAGGUAAUCCAGCAGCUGAUUUCGUAUCGCUAAUUGCGCAGCUGACGUGUGUGUAAACACCAAACUCAAUGCCGCAAUUUAAGGCUUAAUUGCCUCAGCAAAUUUGACUGUUUGAACAUAGUCUAAGGGAGUGUCAAAACUCGAAUGCCACUAGUGAGCAAACCUUUAAUUACACUGGUUUACAGAAAAAAUGUUCAAUGGAUGCCACUAUCCAGUGCCCAUAAAGAAUUGCCUGCUGAUUCCGGAAAUGGACUUCAUUUUUAACCGACUUCAUUUUUAACCGACUUCACAAAAAGGAGGAAGGUUAUCAAUUCGUCUUAAUAUUUUUUUUAUUUUUUUUUAUGUAUUACUAUGUCUCCAUUGAGAGAUUUACAUAUUAAGAUUUAAUAAAUCCAUUGCCACAACGAGAUAUAUUUGACGUUCACAUUUUUAAAUACUUGACGUUUGCUUAUGUAUAGGGUUGCCAGAUUUUUUUGGCGCGAAAUCAGUACAUUCGACUUUUUCAUGCUAUAAAAAUCAGUACUUUUCAGUACACUUUUAUUUCAAGCAGAAUUAUGAAUGUUAGUAGCAGAUAAUACUUUAAAUCGGCAGAGUACUUAUCUUUAAUAAUAUCUUGAUAUAUAAAUGAAAUGUUGAUCACAAAAAAUAAAAAUGUUAUUCUUUUUAAUAUGAGUAUACACAUUAACAUGUACUUAGUAUCAAAUACCUUUAUAGUAUCAUCACAGGAGCCAAUAAAUUAUUUUAUAUA